AUGGAGGAAAACAUGCAGAGGGCCCAAUCCCCUGAGAAGCAUGUCAAUCUCAGCAGUAACGAUCACAUCACGUCUUGCGACCCAGCACAACCGCCACCAUCAGAUUCAAUACCAGACCAGUCGGACUCUGCCCCAAAGAAUAUCCUGCCAGUGAUCACAUCGCAUUCCCUCUCGCCAGCUCAGGGGAACCAAGGAACUCAAGGAAGCCAGGGACAACACCAUCAAUCGGGACACAGCCACUUGCAUAACCACCACGCGCACAGCCUGUCACAAUCCCACAGCAGCUCAACCACGACGCCGCUAUUCCAGCUCGUCAACUUCCCCAGUCGUCUUGUCCUCGACAAUGUCUAUCUCAACGGCCUCCACUCGCUGCGGCGCUUCGGAAUCAAAAACACCUCACAAUGUGAUAUCGUCGUGAAGAUGCGAUCCAGUCUAGGCACCCAGAUCUCCUUUCAGCUGACAAACGAGAACCUCCCGUUUGAUCCAGAUGCCCAUGUCGGGACCCUUCAGACAAUCUCUACCAACACCGCAGCCGCAGCCGAAGCCGGAUCCUUGACUGCAACAGGUCAUCAGUUCAACCAGCUCUUCAACCACGUCAACCUGAUCGAUGAAGUAACCGUUCCUGCAGGAGAAACAGAAUACGUCAUCCUCGGAUUCCUGCCAGAUCCCAGGGGACGAAAUAGGAGGGGCAAAUGGGACUCUACUUCCACAGGCGUAGAUAUCACCAAUGCGAACUCAGGGAACGGAAGUGCUCAUGGGGAUGGGGUCCAGAUCUACGACGACAGUCGGCAGCGUGACGUUUCUGCAAACGGACUCGGGAACGGGAGCAGUAUGGGCAAUGAAGAGUUUGAAAGCAAUGACCAGCAAACAGACAGCUUUGAUUCGUUCGAGGUUAAUGGGCUUGUCUUCUUUUUCGCCUACAAAACUACGACCGCUGCCGCCAAGUCCGACACUCUUAUAUUACCACCAGCUAUUACCCAGUCGGAUGCUGCUCUUUCCAGUUCACCACCCAACAUACAUGGCUUUACAGAAGAUCUGACCUUGGCUACCACCGUCGCCACAGUCGCAAAUAUAGUACCAGCCUCCACAACUCACAAGGCGGAUUACCAGCUCACAGUCAAAUUCCGAUCUACUGUCUGUCGGUCUGUACUAUAUUCCAACAUUGGAGAAACUGGAAUUAAUUUUGAGGAUUGUGUCGCCAACCAAGAGUUCGUCAAGGACUUUACUAUAUGGAACCGGAGUGAGAUUCCACUCUAUUGGCAGCUCAAUGUGGUUGAUGUCGGCAACACUGUACGGAAAGACUGGUUAAAGUUUGUCGACUAUGAGGACUCCUUUGGAGGAAAUCCUAUGGAGGAGGGCGUCGACCGUGCUGACGACCAGGGACAAGCUCACCACUCAAAGACGAUACGAUCAAAGCCUAUUCCAAGCUAUGGUUAUCGCAGGAUCCGCGUUAUUUUCCGUCCAGUAGAGAAUGGCGACUAUCUCUUCGACCUACUGCUGGAGAACCUCAACGAUGCCAGCAAUAUUGAGGAGGCGAGCAUUCAUGCGACUGUUCGGGCUGUUUCCAGAGGAGAGGACACGCUGGUGAUUUCAACAGGGAGCACGAUGGACUUUGGAGAUUGUUGCGCUGGGACGUGGACUCGACUGCCUAUGACGUUCAGCAAUAGCGGCCUGACGCCGACAGAAAUCCAUCUUAAAGUGGAGGGCGCCGAAGUCGUAUUUGAUAUUCAGACGGAAGCAGGAACAGAGCUUGCCGAAGUUGCACAGGAAUUAACGAGAGAAGGCAAAUUUAUGCCGGAUCCAGAUAUAUCAUCGAGUUGGUACGAAAGUUCCCGUCGUUCAGAGUCUUCAGCAAAUGCGGAUCAUUUAGACCACAGCCCUGCAGGAACCCACGGCAGAAGUCUUCUACGAGACUGGAUAGACGAUGGACCUCACUCACCCAGCGCUGCCGGAUUCGCAUCAUCCUCUCCAAGCGUCGCAGAUUCUGCAGGACUCAAGGGAGACCGUGGUGCACGUGAACAGGGGACAGCCAUCGACUCUGGACCAUCAUCUCCUGUUACCUCCGAAGGCUUCUUUCCGGAACACAUGCAACAGAUCAACUCCACUGUCGAAAAGUAUCUUGCUGGUCAGGAACUUGCACACCCUCCCAAGGAGGGCACGGAGGACGAUUUGGAAUCCGAGCCCGACAACAUCAGCAUGCAGGACUCUGCCAAUCCCAGCAUACUGAUCAACCACAAAAAGCGAUCCAGCCUUCGAUCCAUCUCAUUUUCGGGCGCCCAGCGAGACAGGGAGCUAGCACAGGCACAAAUGCAUGGAUCACAGUCACCAGUGCGUGGAAACCAAUCUACAACACGCAUAGAGGAGCUCUUUUUGAAGCCUGGAAAAGAGCGUACAGUCAUUGUGUCAUACCGCCCAGCGCGUGACUCAUCGAUCGAGAACUUUCAAGCUGGGAAGCUGCUACGAAAAUCGUUCCGUAUCAUCGUGUCAUAUGCGCCAUGGAUGGGCACGUCGUCAUCUAUCCCAUUUUCCGAGAACCCGCAAAAGGACCGCAAGAUCAUUCAGUGCAAGGCCAGAGCGUGUACCUCUUUUGUUUCUAUCGAGCCAAAGACCUUGGAUUUCGGUGACACAGAUGUUGGAGCCCUCAAGUCUCUGCCCAUCAAGCUGAUGAAUCAGUCUGAGAUCCCCGCGGUCGUCCAGCUUGAUUUCCAGAGCAAGGUUCUGAACUGCUCGCCAUCUGGAGCUAUCACUAUACCACCAAAAUCAAGCACCGAGCUAAAGCUGGAUAUCUACCCACGCAAGGUGAACCCGGACUAUCGAAAGCAGCUAACGCUCUUCAACUUGACCAAUCGCGCCAACGAUCAGAUCAUCGAGGUCCGCUCAACAAACAUUGACAAAAACAGAGUCACAUUCCAUUCCCUCUUCUACAGAGUAUUGUAUCCUGGCGGCUCCAACUUUUUGGAUUUUGGCAACGUUGUUGUAGGCGGCAUCAGCUUGCGAACAAUCUACAUUUCCAAUUUUACAAGGAAAUGGCUGACGCUUGAGGUCACUACCAGUUUGCCAGGCGAGUUAUCCGUAUAUGAGCGCGCUCGAGAGCAUCACGACUAUCUGAACCUGAACCAAAUCGGUGGUCUUUUGAAUGGUGGCGAUGAGUCGAUUUCUACGACCCCAAGUGGCCCCUUUGCUAACGAUUCAUCCAGUGUUGCCAGCCGUGGAGUUUCUCCGUCGUUUCUGGAAACAAGCACAAGUAAAGCAUCGACCAUGGACAGCUCAAAGUCAACCAUUCUAAAAAGACGCCAGGAUACUCGUGAUCAACACUCAACAACUGGUUCAGAGUCUGGCACCCCGGCUGUGAUCGGAGGCGCGUCAUUAGCAUCAUCCCUGGCGCUUAGGGCCAAGGCUAUUCUUUUUCAUGGCGAUACUUCACAGACAUCGAGAAGCACGUCGGCUAAUUUCCUGGAUCUUGCAACGAGUAAGCCUAAGGAGGUCAAAAAGGUGACGAGACGCAUUCCAACGAUGAAGGAGCUCUUGGAACCAACAUCAAGUCUUAAAACCACGACAGCUGAGCGACCCGGAAAGGGGGCGAAUGGCUUCGGUCAGGAAUCGAGUAAGUCACCGAGAUCCAAUGCAGGCGGAAAUCAAGGCGGUGGAACGGUUGCUGUAGAAGGAGGAAAUAAGCGUUUAGACACCUCAACAAGCAGUGCUCAGCGCCAACAAGAUCAAAGGAUAUCUCAAAAUCGUGGUACUACACAGGUUCCCACCAGUUCAAAACAGGACGGUCAUUUAUUACUGACCGAAACGUCUUUGGACAGUGUUCUAACGGCAAUGGAUUCCAAUUCCGCUGUCGGAGGAAACAUGCUGUUUUUCAAGCCAGCGGAUGAAGAACGCUUUGUCAAGGAACGGAUGAAAUUAACGCGCGAGCUCCAGAAUGCCAUUACCACUGGAGAGCUGGCUCCUAUCACAAUUGUGAGCAUCCCACCGGAGACUGAGCAUCAACUCAUUAUCCUGUUUACGCCAUCGUCAACCUUCCGUGACCACAUCAAAGGCAUCCCUAAGAAGCAGGAUGGGCGGAUGUUUUUGCGACUGAUCGACUUCGAUCGGGAGACAGUAGCUUGUAAUCCUCAAUUUCGACCCUUGUUGGACGGUGAUCUCAGUCAGAUUCCCCUGCGCGAGAUCAUGGUUCGAUCUUCUCUUGUACGGAGCAUCAUGGAUCUGGGCCAGAACAAUAUCAAUUUUGGAACCAUGGAUAAGGGUGAGAAACGCACAAAGACGAUCGUUAUCCAGAACCGAAGCAAGGAGCCUUUGCUGUACCAUAUUCGCAAGUCGGGAUCGAUCGCCUCAGGAGAUAUUAUUCUAGGUAACGGCAAGACCGGUGUGGUUCGUGGUUACAGUAAAAAGGAGGUCGACUUUAUUUUUGAGCCCUCGCUAUCCGGAUUAUAUCACGAGAAGCUGGCAAUCGAGAACGUUCAGGAUCCAGACAGCAGCCGUAUUUUGAGUGUCAAGGCCAACAUUCGCAAGCCCAAGCACUUUUCAAUUGAUUCACAGGAAGUCGACUUUGGCAACUGCUGUGUGGGCAAGAAGACGGCUUCAAAGCGGAUCACGGUGACGAAUUCGACCAAGCAGACCAGGACGUUUGAAGUACGGGUGGAUCCGCACGAGAUGAUGCCACUCUCGACCGAGUCUCAUCAUUAUGGAGGUGAGAUCGAAUUCACGCUCGAAGACGAUCCUGCUGGUCAAGCCGUGGUCACCAAGGAGAUGGAGGAUGAGAUCGAGAUCCUGGAGCAGAAGCUCAAGAUUGCUAAAAGAAAGGGCCGCGAGGACAAGGUGCUGAAAGUGACAGCGCGCCUGAGCCUCCUUCGAAAAGGUGGUGUGGAGGACAAGGCUGACUCUCCGAAGCAACUAGAUAUGGACGAUGUUACACCAACGCAGGAAAAGGUGCUUGAGUUCUCAAAAGCCGGCCAGAUCGGUUCUCCGCUGGUUGAAACCCCAGUCAGGAUGGCUGCAACCACGACACCGACCUCCGCCACUCCAAUUGCCACUCCAACAACCAAAGAGGCUCCCAAGUUUAAGCGGACGGAUCAUUCGAUUGUUUUUACACUGGAAGGUGGAAAGACUAAAUCGGUAUCCGCUUAUUUUACGGCAGUGCGCGACCAAGCACCAUUGCCUGUAGGAGCAGCGGAAAAGGAUCGUUUGCGCCUGCAAGGAAAGAUCUAUGUGCAUGAGCACAAGAACAGAGAUAUUUGCCGGGACGUCGCCUUUUAUGCCACAGUAGAAUGCAAGGCUUAUUUGAACGGCGAUGCGCCGGAUCCCGGGGCUAGUCAGGAUAUCAAGACUACCAAGUUCAAGAAGGAACCUGAGGAGAAGGUGACUGAGAGGGGUGCAGACACUACAAAUGGAAAGGACUCAGGGAAGAAGGCGGUUUCAAAGGCUACCGAGGUGAAUCAUUUGAUUAAGGAACCGGAGCCACCCGCGGAAUACCUCGUCCUAUCGCCCAGGGACUUCGAUGGAGGAAGGAUUGAACAUGGCCAAAAGGGCAGCUUCUACUUCACGUUGUCCAACACCAGCGAAAGCCCAUUGCCUUUCAAGAUCGAUCUGGAAAAGAAUAACCAAGAUGUUUCGCGCUUCGUGUUCGAGGAAAAAGAGCUGGAGGGAUCAUUGAGACCCAAGGAGGUCCGGCGAAUCACCUUUGGAUUUUCUGCUCUAGAACUCGGCCGGCUCAAGGAUCGACUGCGAGUAGUGAAUAUGGCCACUCUUACGUCCUACGAGUACACGUUUACCCUGUACUCACACCGACAGCAGUAUCUGGCAUUCCCAUCCGUGGACGAAUCCAUGACUUUGGAUCUCGGACACUGUUACGUUGACACCGGUCGGAAGUAUUCCCAGGUGACACCACUUCUCGUUCAGAAUGUCACGGAUGACGACGUCUACAUAACCUGCGCCUCCAACCUCUCGCAGCAAGUGGGCAUCUACCUUGACGAGCAAGCGCAGAAGGGUCAAGUCAUCAACACCCUCUUGAAGAAGCAUAGCAUGAUUACUGUUUGGGUCGCCGUUCAGCCGAACCUGCUCGGAGGAAUUGCCGGGGGCAACUCAAGCCGUCGAGCCGUUACAACUUCCAAUGGCCUGGGUUCGACAAACAAGGACCGUGAUAGCGAGUGCCGGACAUUGGUCGGAGGAAUCAAGUUCACAAUUUCACUUCCUGAGGAUGCACCCCUGCCCACAGCACCCGCACCAGAGGAAGCAGUGGAGACGCUGACUCAAGUCUCUUCGCAAACGGUCAAAUUCACCUCGAUUAUCGGGCGCUCCAUCCUCUCGGUGUCUGAUACUCUAUUGAAUCUUGGAUGGACCCCUGAUGUCGGCAAGCCAGUCUACGGCUCAUUCACACUUCAGAAUAUGUCCAGCUUGCUUCCGUUGGACUUUCAUGUCGAAUCACUAUCGGGAAACAUUAUUUUGGAUCGCACAGGAGGUAUCCUCGAUGGCUGGGACGUUGACAAGGUACUACCUUCCUCUCAUGGGGCGCAUGCGAGAACGGACGAGACGAUGGGCGGCGACCACGACUCUACCGAGACUGCGCCUACGGAUCGUUCACGUCUGCUGAUCAGUUUCCGGAUAACAGCAUCGACGCCGGGGCUGCUGACUGACACCAUCCUGGUAACGAACGAAAACAACUGCUCACAGAAAAUCGAGAUCAAAGUGCGCCUUUUUGCCGAUCCAAAGCAGCUCAUGACUAGCGGAUAUGGACAUGGAUACGCUUGUCCGAUGACAUUGGAAGAUCUUACAGAAAUUCAAGAAGUCAAGCCGGGCGUGCCACGCGAGGGUCUCAGUCUUCCGAGUUUGAGCUGGGAGGACAUCUAUGUCACCAUCCACGAGGAGCAGGACGCGACAGGCGAAGGAACUCAAUCAUAUGUUGCACUCGAGCCAUCAUACGGCGAGACAAAGGCUCAAAUUGAGGACAGGUGGAUCGAAUUUUCCAAUGAUAGCAACGAGGCAAUGGAGCUUGUGCCUCUCACAGACAUUGUGGUCGAUGCUGCCUGGGGGCCACUGGACUCUAAACCUGAAGAGAUAGUUCCCUCUGGCUCGGAGGGCAAGUCGGUCGAUGGCUUUCAUUUUUGCGGUUCAGUGGUGCGAGUCGCUCCAGCUCAGAAGGUCCGACUGCUGGUAUCCUGCCCCGCGCCUGAAUUGCGCGCAGGAGAUAUCGAGAAUCUUCAGAAUGGCAAGAAUGCGUCGUUGGUCGGUAACCUAAUGGUCAUGAAUCGAGUGAAGAACCAGGUUGUCAAGGUCUUGGGAUUGACUUCCACAUUUGGCAUUCCGUAUGGCGCUAUUUUCCCUGUCUCGACUGACCUCGGGAAGAUCGGUCAUUACAACUCCUGGGAGCCAGUGAAGGUUGAGUUCGAGCUCAAGAACUCGAGCGAGAUUCCACUUCAAUACGAUAUUAUACUGGAAGACUACAUGGAGCUGACGCAGCACACUGUCGACCCAACCAACACCGAUGCCGUUCAAAGUAUGAAUGUCAUGGGUGCAAAGAGAACUCUCCGCGGCCAAAGUGUGGAACAUAUCAAGAUCAUGCUUGAUCCCAAGCGGAUCGACAACUUUAAGAUCGGACGAAGAACAUUUCCUAUCCGCGUCCUGAACCUCAACAACCCAAAGAACGAGAUCGCGCAUACUGUGGAUGCUGUGCUGACAGAGUUUGAAUUGGGCUUUGAUCGACUUACAGACGGUAAACUGGUGCUCCCGCAACUGAUGCAUCCUCUGCCCUCGUCGGCCUUACCCUGUGAUGCGUGGUUCUCGAUCACAAACAAGUCGGCGGAAGACGUUCGUUUUGAAAUUGGAGCAACCCUGUCUCCAGAUGUCAUCGACUAUGUCCAUCUCGAUGUACUUUCUCGGUUCUCCAACUCUCCGCUCCAUGGCACCAUUUCGCUCAGUCCCCGUGGUUCGAUCGAGGUGCGCAUCCGCGCCUUCCCCAAGGAGGGCUCAAGACUACCAAGCGAUACUUCGGCUCUUUGUACACCAGAGGGCCUGACAUUCGGAACCCUGUGGGUUUCGACAAAAUCGUCAGCAUCCGAGGAUGACUCGACAUCGAGGCGAUUUGCAGAGUCCAUCCUGAUACACGGCACGCUUGUAGAAGGAUCAAUGUUUUCUCUCUCGACUCAACGGAUUGUAUUUAGAAGUCUCCUGGAGACCUCAGAUUACGAGGGCGAAAGUGAUGACGAGAGCCUGUCAGUGCCUGAUCUAUCUACGCACACAUCGAAGGACGCUUCUGAUGACGGCUCGACUUCUGAUAUCCAACAGGGGUCGAUCACCAUUUCCAACUUGUCAAUGACCUUCCCACUAGAGUUUCAGGUUACGCUGGAGGGGCCGAUGGAGUACCCGGCUGCAGAGAUCAUCAAAGUGACGCCACUGGAUGCCAAUAACGCUGGGGUCAUUGAGGCAGGGCAGCAACUCAAGUUGCUCGUGGAGCUGGUUGAUCCGCAUGUGAUCAUCUCGGAGGAUAUCAAGUUGUUUGUUCGCAACCUGAACUCGAAUCUCGGGCAGCAGCAACGUGUUUUAAUCAGCAUUGUCUCAGAUACCCGUGAGCAUAGGAAGCCAAACAGGAAACACCUUAUCGAAGACGAACGUAUCGAUCCGCAUCAUCAUCAGAACAAGCUGAAGGAACAGUCUGCAGCCAGUGCAACCUGUGGCAACCAGUCGCAGUCCACAGCACCAGUGGACAUGGAUGCGAGUCUUCUCCAACCUGUCAUUUCUCUCCGUGGCUGCAAACGCAUCGACUCUGGUGGUGAAUCGGCAGGUGGCCGCUAUGAGCUGGACCUUGGACAACAAGAUAUGGGGUCGGCCAAUGUUCUCCGCAAGUUGGUCUUGGAGAAUGCGAACUAUGAUCGCAUCUCGUAUCGCAUCAGAACCAUCUCUAUUCUCGAUAAGAACUGGCUCAAGAUCAGCCGUCUGGAUGGCACCCUGGAACCACCCUCGGAUGAACCACAUUCUGGUGGAUCGGCUUCUGUGCAUACGAUCUCGCUCAGCUUUUCGACAAACGUGCGCAAUGUGUUUUCGACAUAUCUGCUUGUUGAGAAUGUGGACAAUCCUGCAGAUACAAAGACGGUGCGAGUGACAAUGGAGGUCGUUGCUCGUCAGAACUUGCGACGUGCAGCCAAGGGUAACGAGGCCAGCAACCGCGUCUUUGACGUGUUCGUGAACGGCAUAGACUACAAAAACUCUUCUUCGAUCGACAUGAAGAAUUUGUACUACGGUUCGGAGUACACUGCGAGGAGCAUGGUUGUCUACAAUCGCGAGAGCGUGCCUAUGGAGUUUACAUUCAAAUCGAACAUUUCGCUCACAGACACCUCCGAGAUAUUAUUCUCAACAUCCCGUACCUCCGCCAAGCUGUUCAAAACCUUGACAGUCCCCUCGGAGAAUCAUGUCCGUGUCUACAUCCGUUUCUUCCCCCGGCCAUCUGCUGCCAUCCAAGCCGCUUUGGAUAGUGGCGAAUGCCGAGAUCCAGACGAGAUGGAGCUGAAGACAGUGGAGAUUUAUAUUAACUGUCGCCUUGUUAAGGACUAUCAGCAGGUCGUUGUACUGACUGCAGAGUGCUACAUGCCGGCCAUUCGCGUGAGCUGGCAAGACUCUGUGUCCUUUGUUGCUCGUGUCUUCCGAGAGCCCGAGGAAUCGUCGGAGAACGCGGAUGAAUGGAAGAUCUGGCUUAAAGAGGACCACAGGAUCUUAGGCGUGUCAAAUUUGCUGGAUAUUCCUCUCGAAUACGAAAUCGUAAACGACACGAUGUACUUUCAUCUCGAGUAUCCGGAGCCAGACAAAAUAAUUGAUGGACUGCAAAAGCACGAGAUUCGCGUCGUCCCCAAUAUGAAGGCGCUCCUUCGCAAUGCCGAAAACUUCAGGAGGGAAAAGUACGUCCAGGAGAACGUUACGAUCUAUAACCGCAAUCGACCGCUUGAGAACUACUGGAUCCCGCUCCGGAUCAGCUUUGGAAAUGUAUCUAGUUUCCAACUCUCGUCUGGAUACAAGAGCUCAUAUGCUUUUGGAAUGAUCGAGCAACAUGUGGUCAACUUUUUGAGCGAUUUUAACAGCCACGCUGUUUUGGUCACUAUGGGUGGCAGUGGCUGCUUCCCAGGUACCAUUGGUAGUGGUCAUAGUAAUGGCAGUACCUCUGCCUCUGGGUUGGGCGCUGGUCUCGGUUCAGCGUUCAGUCUCUCGUCGGCCGGACUAGGGCCUGAUCGGGGACCUAGUUCUCUGAACAGCAAUGGGUCGGGAACCUCCCCUCCUUUGCUGAUGAACGGUGGUUUGACUCUGUUGACCCCACCAUCUUCUGGACCUGUUGCAGGAAUGCUAGGGCUUGGUCGCACCACGUCUGCGCUGGCAUCGUAUCAUGGACCAUCGCAUCAUCCGCAUUACCAGAGUACUGAGGCACAGGAAACACAGCGCAAGUUGAUUGACCUUGAAUUCCAGUACCGUUACGUGGUGGACCAGCUAGUGUAUUAUAGCACGAUCAAGACUGGAGAAAACUUUUUCCAGCUGGCUAGCCUGCUAUUCUGCACUCUGCUCAACAACAGAAUCUUUCAAAUCCUAUCCCCGGCCUAUCUUAAGGAUCCGAGCAAGAUUUGGUCUACCGGUGCGGCAUCAUCUGGUCCGACCUCAGGGCUUGGUCCAUCCAACCCUAGCUCAGGCCUCGCAUCAGCAACGUCUGCAGCAGUCGAAUAUGACGAAAAUGGCGAGAUGGUGCUGGUCCAGACAGGAGUAAACGGGUUUACGAUGCAGAGCCAUUACCGACAGCACGACGAAACGCGGGUGCGUGUGUGGCCUGAGUCCUUGAGGAAAUGGGUUGAGGCAUUGGACUACUUUGUAUCAUUCUUUCCGUACCAUUCGCGACAGCUGGAGACGCUCAAGGCGUUGCACCACAGUCUGAUUUUAUCAUAG